AUGAAAAAGGUGAUAGCAGUGUUAAUUCUGUCGUUCUCUGUGGUGAUUUUGAUAUUUGCGAAGCAAUACCAUACAACAAUAGAUCCGCACCUAUUAGAAAAAAGUCAAUUACGUCAGAGUGACAACAAUGAUGUGCUAGAUGAUGAAGAUACUCAACUCUUCUGGUUUACACAAAUUUCAGACCUUCACAUUUCUAAGUUUAAGGAUCAAAGUCGUAUAAGAGAUUUUAAGAGAUUUUGCUCCGAAGUUACUGACGUUAUAAAGCCGCGAGUGAUGAUUGCAAGCGGAGAUCUUACAGAUGGUAAAGAUAAGAUUUUCGGAUCGCAACAAUAUGAAGAAGAGUGGAAAGCUUAUUAUUCAACAAUUUUUAAUUCCGGCGUUCCAAGAAAAACAAAUUGGCUCGACUUAAGAGGCAACCAUGACAAUUUCAAUGUUCAAUUUCUCUUCUCACAAACAGAUUUGUUUCAUAAUUUUUCGGUGCAAGGUCGAAAACAUAAAAGAUCUUACUUACAUCAAGAAGAAGUUGAUGGAAUUAAGUAUAAUUUUGUAGGGCUUGAUGGCUCUAUUGAACCAGGAACAAAACGUCCAUACAAUUUCUUCGGAAAAGUCUCAAAUGAAGAAUUUGACAAAAUUGAAAUGAUGAUGAAUGAAUCACCGGCAAAUUAUACAAUUUGGUUCGCUCAUUAUCCUACACCAUCAAUCACAGGGCCAAUGGGAUCAAAUGACAUUCGUAAGUUUAUUGGAAAGUUUGACACUUCGACGAUUUACAUCGCUGGUCAUUUUCAUACCAUGGGGGGCUUUGGCCAUCGACUUUAUACACUUCAACCUGAAGGCUUUUUAGAGCUUGAACUUGCAGACUUCAUGAAACAACGGAUGUAUCGUGUUGGUGUCUUUGAUCAUGGACUUUUUUCAUUUAUUGAUGUGAAGCUUGGAACUUGGCCAAUUGCUAUCAUUACAAAUCCCAAAGAUGUGCUUUUUAACAAUCCAUUUAAAGAAGACAUUAAGCUACAGCGUGAGUCAAGUCACGUGAGAAUUGUUGCCUUCUCGAAGGUUGACAUUGUGAAAUGUAAGAUAAAAAUUAACGAUGGUGAAUGGAUGGAAUGCUAUAAAAGAAAUGACAAUUUUUUCACUGUUCCUUGGAGACCUUCAAAUUAUCUUCACGGCAAACAUAAGAUAGAAGUUCUUGUGGGAGAUUCGGAUGGAAGAAUCUUCCAACGUGAACAAUUUUUUGCACUUGAUGGAUCACGAACUGAGUUUAAUUAUUUUGCAAACAUGGUUUUAACGAGUGAUAUGACAACAUUGUUUCAAACUGGAUUUUUCAUUGCUUUUCUCAUCUGUUUACUUCCGCUUGUUAUCUUCAAGACAUGGCAAUUGUUGAUCAAAUAUCAAAAAGUUAAACGUCCAAAAAUUUCAUCAAUUUAUUGGCGAAGUUUUAUUCACAAAUAUCUUGUGUUUGCCAGUAUUGAUGAAAUAUUUUAUCCGAUCCUUUUCUGGCUCAUUUACACAGCAAUUGGGCCUUGGUCCUUUCAUGAGGUCCUUGAUGGUCACAUUGGGAUUUACUUUGUGUGGGGAACAUUCAUAAAAGGCGUCUUUGUACCUGGAACAUUAAACUGGUGGUACGGAUUUCAUCAAUUAAUGUUCUUUCAACUGCCAUUAAUGAUCAUCAUUGCCGGUGUUUUGAUUCGAAUGUUUGAGAGAUUUCUUUUGAACUACCAGGGAAGCACAGCUGGAAUGUCAGAUGACUUCAUUCAUCCAUUUUACAGAAAUCUACCGUUCUUCGCGUUGUUGACUGUUGAGAUUCUUCUCGCUGUAUUUUAUUUCAUUCAAAAUGGAUUUUUAGCAUUCCUUAUUGCCCCGAUUCGUGUAUGGGGCUUGCUGCUUACAAUCUACCUCUUUUAUCGCGCCAAUUGGAGAAUUCCUGAUGAAAGCUUUAAACAAUCAGUGUUAAUAUGUACGCCGGAAGCAAAACUUUCGACUUCUUAGACUGCUUCAUGUCGAUAAUAAGUGUAAAGUUACCUAAUUAUUAUUCAUUCUAAUCCCAAAGACAAACAAUACUGUGCAAAGUUAUUAAAUUUUAAA